GGGCUUUGGGCCCAUUUAGGUGGGUAAAUUUUAGUUAGGAAAAACUGUCAUCUAGCAUCAGAGUCUAAGUCACAGUGCUAGCACUAUUAAAAUCAAAGCUUGAGUGAGUUUGUAAGCCUGAGAGCGAAAAAGUCAUUGUUCUUUUUUGUUGUUGUUGCUGCAAACAGGAAGAAAGACCUCCUGCUGGGGAGAUGGCAUUUUCUUUUAGACAGAAAGGAUAUUUCUCUGUUUGGAUGUGUUUUGUAUGCGUUUUGUCACAGCCAAAGUAGUUACAAGUUUAGUGUUAAGGAAACUUAAUGAAAGUAGGAACGGUUUACAGUUGUUAGCAUGAGUUCUGUCAGAGAAGUUUUCAUGAGAUAAGUUGCCCAUGUAAAGGAUCAGCAUGAAUGGAAAGAGGGAAUCGAUUCUCUCUCUUCCUUUAAGCUUUAAUGUGUGAAUUCAGGAAUGGAUUUAAUUUUACUGUAGAGCAUGCUUCUUGUUCUAGCUAUGUAUAGAUGAUAGUACUUCCUAAGUACCGUAAGAUGGUGAACAUAUGAGUAUAUGUAGAGAUUCCCUGAUUAGUUAGGGAGUGUUUUCUCUUUUUAGGCAAGUGUUUUUCCUUCAAACUCUAUUUUUGUUCUGACUCUUGCCUUCAUGUAAUUAGUUUAGACGUUAGAGAGUGUGUUUGUCUAUGAGAUUGUUGGACUGGAAGAGUUAAAAUUAAUUUCCUUGGAACUGGGGUAGACUCUUUUGUUCGUAUCUUUCAGCGUAUGUCAUUCCGUUGAUGGAAAAUUCUUGACAGCUUUUCAAUUUUGGGACAUUAAGUGAUCCUGGCUUUACUCACUUUGCUGAUUUCUCCUUUGUCCACAAAGCCUAUUAAUGAGUUAGAGACAUGGAUUCUGUAGUUUGCACUUUUACAGUUUUAACUCUGAUUUGACACCUUAAAAACCAGCAACGUCUUUGAUAGUAAACUUUGAGCUUGGUAUGUUUGUUUCUAUGGUUUUUACACAUUUGAUGAAAGCAAGGGGGUAAGAACAAACCAGGACAUCACAUUUUCCUCUCCCUAAGAAUUCAAUUCGUUCUUGCUAUAGAGAGUAUCUAUCUAGUUGCAGUGGAUUUCUAAAGAGCUCUGUAAGAGUGAAAUGAAUUCGGAUAGUUCUGAAAAGUAAUUUUAGAUGAAAUGAGUUAUGAGCUCUUGUGAUGCUGUUUGUUAAAAAAAUGUGUUUGCUCAAAAAAAAAAAGUAUAACCAUGAAGAGCCAGAAUUUAGUAUUAUGGGAGGAGGGUGUAUGCUAGCCUAGUGUAAUUUCCAGAGUAGUUGAAAUCAUGAUGAUCUAAUGAUAGCUUGAGGUUUAGGAUUUUUAAUUGAAUGCAGGUGUGGAGUUUUGCAGGGUAUGACUUCUGCAGCUUCAACAUAUUUGUCUCCACCUAUUCCCAUAACAGCCAUUUCAUUUUAUUAAAGAAUCUAUCAAUUUCAUGGACUCUUACUUUCCGUGGUAACUUAGGAAAUUUUAGAAAGUCAAGUGAAUGGCAUGUGAUGACAAGCGAGUACUUUUGUGCUGAAGAGUGCGUUCUAAUCAGGAAUCCACAAUCCCCUUUAAAGCUCACUCUCUGAUCUCCCAGCAGCCAGGACACACAGUUGACAUUUGGCUCUCUUCCCGUGACUUAUAGCCUUUUGAUUUACAGUAAUGAUUUGUCAGCUGCCCUUUGUGCUUCAUACGAGGCAAACACAUGAUGAAGGAAUAGCGAGUGAGGUUGCACACAGGAGUAUGAAGGGCUCCUUGAGGGUGCUUUGUGUUCCUACUGUGUCUGUGUUUCCCUCUGUCAGAGACUUUUUCAGAGGCUUCCAUUAAUUAGCCUGUGUCUGUGGCCAGCUGAGGUUCUAGGGGCUAUUGAGUCUGUGGUUUAGCAUUGACGUUAAAGGAAAGACGAUUGCCCUUCUUUUGGGUAAGUCAUGUUCCUGAGUAUUUCUUUUAAUUGUUGAAAGAAAACAUUCACAUCAGAUGGUCUCCCACACUGCUGCAGGGUUUCCUUUUCUCCAUUUAGACUAUUUUUUUUUCUAAAGUCAUGUCUACUCAGUUUUUGCUUGGUUUGGUGCUAGAGAAAGUAACUUCUUGGAAGAGAGAUGUCAUCUCUGUCAUUUCUGUUGGCUGUGAUAAUUCACAUGGUUUCAAUUUCUCUCUAUUAUUGCCAUUGAAGCAGUUCAGAAUCGUUCACUCCACCCAAUUCAUUUUAUAUGAGCAGCAUCUGAGCUCCCACUCUCUGGGAGGAUGCUCUCUUGGGUUCUGCCAAGGUCCCUGUGGUUAACAAAGCCAUGGUGUGUUGUUCCUUCACUAUGUAGUCAGUGAUGUCCUGUGGUCUAGGAAGUGCGUUUCCGGCUCAUCAAAUAAUAUGAUUAACAGCAAACCACCAUGCAUAUAUUAGAAACCAUUCAUGGAUUAUUCUGUUGAAACUAUUAGAAUAACAUAUUUUUACCACGAAUCCUGGGUGGAACACAAGUUUGUCUGAGAUGAUUCAGAAUGCAGAUUUCUUAAUUAGAGCACAUCAGCUUCCUCUUUGUAAAUAUUAAUUAUCUUUGUAGUGGCACCUCUAACUGUGAAGACUGAUUUCUUCCUUUCAGUUUCCAGUCCAUCACAGACAGAUAUUUUGUAAGACGACAUUAUGUGCUGCGUGAUGUCACCACGGUGUCACACAGCUAUAGAAGUGAAGCAUUUUCUCUUGUUUCUUGUAGCAGACCGAUAGCAAAGCAUUGGCCACCUGACACCGAUCCUAGAGUUUCUGUAACAAAUUACCAGUAGGUACGUGGCUUAAAACAGAAAUUUCUCCUCUCAUAUUCUAGAUGCUAGAAUCCAAAAUCAAGGUGUUGUUAGGGUCAUGUUCCCCGUGAAGCCUCUUGAGAAUCUUUUUUUUUUUUUUUUUUUUUUUUGGGCUUCUACCAGUUUCUGGUGGCCUUGGGUAUUUCUUGGCUUGUGGUUGCAUCUCUGGCUCUGUUUUCACAUGGCCUUCUUCCUGGGGUAUCUCUGUAAUUAAAAAAAAUGUUUUUUUCAUGUUCAUUUAUUUAUUUAGAGAGAGUGCCUACAUGUGCACACGAGUGGGGGAGGGACAGAGAGAGGGAGGGAGAGGAUCCCAAGCAGACAGCGCAGAGCCCAACAUGGGGCUCGAUCCCACAAACCAUGAGAUCGUGCCCUUCAGCCAUCCGGGUGCCAGUAUCUUUGUAAUUUUUAUAAAAAAACACAUGUCAUUGGAUUUCAGGUCUACCCUAAUCCAGUAUAUGACCUCAUCUUAACUGAUUAUAUCUGCAAGGAUUCUCUUUCCUAAUAAGGCCACAUUCUGAGGUUCCUGGUAGGUAGGCAUGGAUUUGGGGGGGAGGGGGACACUGUUUAACCCUUUAGAGUAGACUGGGCAUAAAAUCACUUUGAUUGAAGGUAACCUUAUAGGGGGUGUAUUGAAUGGAAAGCUGCACUGUAAGAAUGCCUCUCCAGCGUAGCUGCUUGGGGAUGCACUUGAAACUUAAGUUUGAGACGGGUUUGUCUGGGCAGGUAGAAGGGUCAAGAAUGUGCCCACUGUGAUCAGUCACGCAAGAGAAAAUGUUGCCUUUUUCUUUCCUAGAAAUGAUCAAGUUUUCUUCAUUGAACGCUUGCCCUCCUGAGAAAGGGGAAAAUAAAAAACAAAGUUGAGCUUGGUUUACUGCAGUCAACUCAGUGCGAUCCAAAAUUUAAACAGUUGCAUUAGAUAGCUCAGUCUGUUGGAUGACUCAGUCUUUCAGAAUUCUCCCAUUAUCCUCCUUCUCUCCAAAGUGGAUUUUGUUGCUAAGUCGUCCCCUUAUUAAUGUAACACAAGUGAUGCAUGCAAAGUUACAUACUCUUGAAGCAUUGGCUUAUUUGUUACAUAAUUUUUAAAAUUGUCAAGCAAGAUACCUCUCUGUAGUUGAGUUCAAAAAAUAAAGUGUUGUUUUAAAAAUGUCAUUCUCAAUGUGGAAAGGAAUCAUCAUAAUCCUUUUGUGGUCUAAGAAUAAUUUCAGUAUGUUUUAUGAGCAUCAUAGACUUUAGUUUCUGAAUUUAGUAUGGGGUUUUACUUAGUCAACAUUCUCUCCAGGGAUUUUAAACCUGGCUUUGGUGUUGGACUAGAUUCUUUCCCUUUCUCAGCUCUUCUUGUCAGGCAAGAUCUAGAAAUCCAGUUUCAUGGAUUGGAAAUGGAGUGGGUGUACCCCAGCUGCCUGCAUGCUCAGCGUGGUAGGGUCCUGUCUUUAGCCUUUUCUGCUUCACAAGUUACAGACAGACUUAGGAAAGCCUUUAGGUUGUCUAAUAAUAGCAGAGAGUUAUGUUGGAGAUUACAGCUAUGAACUAUCUCAGGCAUGUGCUUCUGCUCCCACGAGGGCCGUUCAUACUAGAAACUCGGCUCUCUCCCUCCUCGUGCACCCUGGAACAGACCACAGGCUGCUUUCCAGUUGUCUUGUGUAUGUUGUGCAUGUAAAAGAAUUCCUUAGAUUCUUUUCUUGGCAGCAUUUGGAAAAUAAUGUCUGGAAUCAGAAACAGAUUUGUUAUUUCUGUGCUGAAACAAGUGCAUUUUUCAAGUUAGCUAGCAAGUAACCAUUUGCUCUGGAAGGUUCCCCACCCCUUCUUAAGUCAGUAUUAAACUGUCAAGUAAGCACUGAGCAAAGUUUAUGCUAUUUUGCUAUUUGACUCUGAGCGUCACUUUGAAUGACUUUGAUAAUCAAAAUGCAAAGUGACCUUGAGAAUAUUGCAUCUUUUUGAAUCUGGGUAUUUUACUACUCAUACAUUGAGAUUUUGAGAUUUACUUAAAUUAGCAGCAGCUUUUAGAACUAUAGUCCUGCAGGUCUUUCCUAUUUCCCCCCUCUUCUUUCAUUUAAAAAUUGCAUAUAAUUGUUAGUCAAUAACCGACAGCUACCACGGGGAAUUCACAUUUGCUCAAUCUGCAAUUUAAAGUAGCACUUUUAAUAAACACACUGGUGAUAUCAUGCAUUUUUCAAACUGGCUGGCAAAGCCCUUGAAAUUUAAUAAACCAAACAAAGCUAGCCCUUUAUUGCCUUUGUCUUUCCCUUGAAAACUUUAUCAUGCUUUCUGGUUCUUUCUUCCUUGUCCUACUAAUCAAAAUCUUGCUUUUAAAUAUGUUAAAGGAAGGAGAAGCCAGAUCACCAUGCUGAAUAGGUGAUAUAAUACAAACUAGGAGGUGCUGUCCUUAAGGAAUGAAAAAAGCAGUCGACCGAGCCUUGCUGCCUAAAGCUCACAGGCUGGGGGUCUGCUUAUUUCUGGAGCAUGCUCUGUGCAAAAAUAGUGCUCUGGGUAAUUUGGUGGAACUGAAUCAAAUGACUUGAAUUCCCAAAAGCACUGGCAGCGGUUUUGGUUAAGUUCUCCAUUUUAAUACCUCCUGUUCCCUUUUUACCUUUUCUUGUUUCCUCUUCUUUCCUGUCUUUUCUAGUUUUUUUUUUUUUUUUCUUUCCCCCUCUUAUCCUCUUCUGAUUGCCCACUGGGGGAGCUGUAUCAUACCUCAGCCGGAUUGAACUCCCUCUAGUUACAGAGGUGUGAUCGGCAGUCUGCACACGCGUUAGUAAAGAUGACAUAGUUAAUAGACGAAGGCAAAUGGAUCAGUGUGAUGAAGGCAGUUUACCACUCGGGACACCAUGUCACCACCAUCAGCCAGCCACAAAGCUGUUUCCAACCUAGACGAGGAGAGUAGAUGGACAGUCCACUACACGGCCCCAUGGCACCAGCAGGAGAACGUGUUCCUUCCCGCCACGAGACCGCCCUGUGUGGAGGACCUGCACCGCCAGGCCAAGCUCAACCUCAAAUCAGUAUUGAGGGAAUGUGAUAAGCUGAGGCGGGAUGGCUACCGAAGUUCACAGUACUACUCCCAGGGGCCGACCUUUGCAGCCAGUACCAACCCCCUCUGCGAUGAUUAUCAAAACGAAGAUGAAGAAACAGAUCAAAAGUGUUCUAUUUCUUCAUCAGAAGAGGAAAGACUCAUUUCCAUCAGGAGACCUAACACGCCAACCUCAAGUGACUUCUCUGACCUUCAUACUCAAACGAACUGGACCAAGUCACUUCCUUUGCCAACGCCAGAAGAGAAGAUGCGACAGCAAGCCCAAACAAUCCAGGCUGAUGUGGUUCCCAUUAAUAUAACUGGGGAGAAUUUCGAUCGCCAGGCCAGCCUUCGGCGGUCUCUAAUUUACACAGACACUCUGGUAAGACGACCGAAGAAAGUCAAAAGGAGAAAGACUAUUACAGGAGUCCCUGACAACAUACAGAAGGAGCUAGCAUCAGGCACCGGCCAGGAUGAGGUCGGUGCUCACUCAGUGUAUACCCCAGACCACUACUCCACACUAGGAAGGCUUGACAGCUCUCGGGCUGCUGGGCAGCGCUCAGAAACCAGGGACUCCAGCUGUCAGACCGAGGAAGUGAAAGUUGUACCACCUUCCAUGAGAAGAAUCAGGGCACAGAAGGGGCAAGGCAUCGCCGCCCAGAUGAGCCACUUCUCAGGCUCCUCUGGGAACAUGUCUGUGCUGAGCGAUUCCGCGGGUAUCGUGUUCCCUUCCCGCCUCCACAGUGAUGCUGGUUUCCACAGCCUUCCACGUUCUGGAGCAAGGGCAAACAUCCAGUCCCUCGAGCCACGGCUGGGUCCCCUGGGCCCUGCGGAAGACCUGGAUGGCACGCGCCCCUACCAGAGCGGGAACCCACAAGUAGAUGAAAACCUAGGACACUUAGGAGGUGCCUCGAGGACCGGAACACUUUUGAGGCCCAAGUCCCAGGAGCUGAGGCACUUUGAGAACGUGAUUAGCCCAGCGUGCGUGGUUUCUCCUCACGCAACCUAUUCCACCAGCAUCAUCCCAAACGCCACGCUCUCGUCGUCACCGGAGGUCAUUAUUAUUCACGCUGCUCACAGUCCAGGACAGCUGGACGGUAAAAUUACCAGCUCCUGUUCAUACCUGAAGGCAAAAUCCAGAGAGCACCUCCUGUCCAGGCAUGCUAGUAAAGAGGGCCAUCAGUCUCACGGCGGUCACUGGACUGAGGGUCACCCCACUGUUCUUUCCCAGGCCCUAGAUCCCCAUCCCCCCAGUGCAGCCAUGCUGUCCUCCCUCUGUGAUUCAGCGGUCUCUCUAAAUACUCCAGCUAGUCGGGAGAAUGGAUCCCAAGCCAUGACCUACGACUGUAAAAACAACCUGGGCUUUCCAGCGCACGCCCAGGAUGUGGAUGGCAAAAGCGAGUCCAGUUUUUCCGAGGGCGGGGGGCACGGCAGCUCGGAGCCCUGGGAAUACGGCGCCGCGGGUAACGGACGGGCAUCGCCACUGAAGGCACGUGCGGCAACUCCCGGCUUCUCCACUCCCGGAAGUAACAUGAGCAGCUGCAGUUUGGAUCAAACGUCGACCAAAGAUGAUGCCAGGUCCCUGUAUUCAGAGGAGCACGAUGGCUUCUACGCAUCUAUGCACCCCGACGCCGGACACGGAUCUGGAAACCUGUGCAAUAGCAGCGAUGGCUUCGGGAACCCCAGGCACAGUGUGGUCAAUGUUUUUGAUGGGCGAGCUCGGAAGAGCCAAGGGGACCGGCCGCGUGACCAUGACAAGUCCCUUUCGCGUAACAUCUCUUUGAAGAAAGCGAAGAAGCCGCCCCUGCCACCCUCCCGGACGGACUCCCUGCGCAGGGUUCCCAAGAAGGGCGUGCAGGCCAACGGACAGGCGCUGAAUGAGAGCCUGAUCGCCUCGCUUCAGCACUCGCUGCAGCUGAACCUCCCGGGCAAGGCCAGGGGCGGCAGCUCGCCCUCGCAGAGCCCCUGCAGCGACUGUGAAGAGCCCUGGCUGUCCCGCUCCCGCAGCCAGAGCACGGUGAGCGCGGGCAGCAGCAUGACCUCGGCCACCGCCCCCAACGUGUACUCCCCGUGCGGGGCCACGCCGUCGCAGAGCGACACGAGCAGCGUCAAGUCCGAGUACGCGGACCCCUGGGGGUACUACAUUGACUACACGGGCGCGCAGGAAGACCCCGGGAUCCCCGGCGGGGGCUGCCCCGGCGGCAGCGGGGCGCCGGCCGGAGACGGGCCAGCCUGCCAGGUCCAGGAGGGCUCCGGGACCGCGAUGCCCCAGGUGCCCGGUGGCGCCGUCAAACCAAAGGUCACGUCACCGGAGAAGUCCCACAGAGUCACUUCUCCAUCCAGUGGGUAUUCCAGCCAGUCGAAUACACCCACAGCGCUCACCCCUGUGCCUGUGUUUUUAAAAUCCGCGUCACCAGCAAACGGGAAGGGGAAGACCAAGCCCAAGGUGCCAGAGAGGAAGUCCUCCCUGGUAUCUUCAGUGUCCGUCUCCUCGUCGUCCACCUCCCUGUCUUCCAACACUUCCACGGAAGGAAGCGGGACGAUGAAGAAGCUGGAUUCUGCGCUGGCCUCUCCCCUUGCUGCCGUUCCUCUUCCCCCUCCCCCGCCUUUAGUAGACUCCCCCGAGGGCUCUCUGCCUCAGUCUCCCCUUUUCCCCCCUCCACCACCGGAAGCUCUCACUCCCUUCUGUCCCCUCCCUGGCCAGGGCUUUCCCCCUCCCCCCAGGGCACUUAGCCCCUUUCCUCUGGGUGCCUCGGCUUCCCUGCCGCCUCCCCCUGCCUCGGUACCCUCCUCAGCUCCCCCGCCUGCCCCACCCCUUGACCCCAAAUUGAUGAAAGAUGCCAGGCCUUCUUUCAAAAAAUCUGGCCAGCCCGAAUGCUCCUGGGAGGCCGGUAGGCAGCCCGCUAGCAAAGAGGAGGGCACUAGACCCCCCAUGCCCCUGAUAACCACUGAAGCAUUGCAGAUGGUACAGUUGAGGCCCGUGAAAAAGAACUCAGGAUCCGAGCAAGCACUGUUAUAUGAACAAGUAUCUCAGGAAACACUAACUCCGGUUGUUCCCCAGUAUCAUUUAAAGCCAUCUGCUUUCCUGAAAUCCCGAAAUAGCAUAAAUGAAAUGGAGAGUGAAAGCCAGACUGCCUCUGUGACAGGCUCGCCGCCGACUCCUGCCAAGAGCUUGAGUCAGGGUCACCAGGACGGUGAAGCCGAGCGUGGCCUCCUGAGCCGCAGCCCGGGCCGCGCCGCGGGGCCAGAGGCUGGGGCCGCCCCGCUCCAGGAGCCCCCCGGCCCGUCCCCCGGCAGGAAGCCACCCCCCAUUUCCAAGAAGCCCAAACUGUUCCUUGUGGUGCCACCUCCGCAGAAAGAUUUCACAGCGGAGCCCGCGGAGAACGUGAGCGGAGCAUCGCCCAGCCCCACGAGGGGAGAGGCAGCCGAGACUUGUAGAGCCGGGGCCGGUCCAGACGAGACCGGUCCUGGCGGCUCGGAUCUCGAGGGAGGGGCUGCAGCUCCCGCUUCCCCCGGCAGAGUGAGAGCCAAUGUCCCCAUGGUGCAGCCCGAUGUCUCGCCAGCCGCCAAGCAGGAGGAGCCAGGUGCCGAGAACAGUGCAGACGGUGGAGGCAGCGCGGAGAGCUGCCUGUCUCUACAGGACGGAGGGCCCGGGGUGCCAGAGCCGGACACAGGGGCUGCUUCCUCGGAGGCCUGCGACUUCCUUAGGGAAGAAGGGAGUGAGGAGGUGAUGACCCCCAGCAGACCCCGGACCACAGAAGACCUUUUUGCAGCUAUUCACAGAUCCAAGAGGAAAGUCCUUGGCCGUAAAGAUUCAGAUGAUGAUCACUCCCGAAACCAUUCUCCCUCCCCACCAGUGACACCCACUGGUGCUGCCCCCAGCCUGGCCUCCCCGAAGCAAGUGGGGUCAAUUCAGAGAAGUGUCCGUAAAAGCAGCACCAGCAGUGACAACUUCAAAGCUCUGCUGCUAAAAAAGGGGAGUCGGGCAGACACGAGUGCCCGCAUGUCUGCAGCCGAGAUGCUGAAGAACACAGACCCUAGAUUCCAGAGAUCAAGGUCAGAGCCUUCGCCAGACGCGCCCGAGAGCCCGUCAAGCUGCUCCCCAAGCAAGAACAGGCGGGCCCAGGAGGAGUGGGCCAAGAGCGAAGGUUUGAUGCCUCGGAGUCUGUCCUUUUCCGGCCCCCGGUACGGCCGCAGCCGAACCCCGCCUUCUGCGGCCAGCAGCAGAUACAGCGUGCGGAACCGGAUCCAGAGCAGCCCCAUGACCGUCAUCUCGGAAGGCGAAGGGGAAGCCUUGGAGCCUGUAGACAACCGGGCUCGCCGGGCCCCGGGUGCUGCGAGGGGAUGCUCCCUGGAUGGACCGGUGGGGGAUGAAACGGACAAGGGCAGCCUGCUCUGUGGCGGGGAGCUCGCCGCCUCGCCGCAGGCACAGGGUCCCGGCCCCGCCAACGGGACAGUCACGGCGGAGCGCACGGGUCCAUCAGAACGGUGUGGAGGUCGUCUGGGGGAAGAGAGCUAGGGACGAGAAUGUGAGUCUCCCAGGUAACGUGAGGGAGACGCACAACACCUCGCUCUAGGAGAUCUGACAGGUACCUUCCCUGCCUUGCCCGUGGAUCCCGCUCAGCGUUUGUGCUGUGGGCCCCGGGCGCUGCCAGCCCUACAGCGGAAGGGGGGUGUUAUUUAGGCCUCCCCUCGGCACUUGCCCUGUGGCUGAAAAGCAAGUAGAAGCUUAACUUCCAGAAGUGCUUCCUGGGGAAGAUUUCUUUUUUUUAUUCCUCCGAACGCCCUUUUUUUUUUUUUUUUUGACUAAAUGCUGGGUGGGUGUGUGUGUGUGUGGAAGGGUGUGUGUGUGUGUGCAUUUUGAACCCUUUUGUGUUAAAACACACGCGUGCGUGCGCUCACACACACAUACACACGCGCACACACACACAAACAGCAUGUACAGAAAUAGAAGGAAAGAUGGGUGGAAACAUGGAAUCUUCUGGACUAGGUGGGAAUUGCUUGAAAAGUAUUCUGUUUGGGGAAACUAGUGAGUUUCUGAAGAAAGAGGGGAGAGAACCAUUCAUUCUAAGAAAGAGGGGGCAUAUUGGCUGGUGCUGCAGAGGACAUGGGGUCCCGGCCCCGGCGUGCUUUCGAGGUGAGCUGUGUCGCGAUGAACCCAAAACGAUGGGAAAGGGCUAAAUGACUAAUGGGUUCAGGUACUUUUUCCUGGGGAAAAAAGGCUUGGUUUCGUGAACAUGACAAAUGUGGGGAAGUGGCAGGGCAGUCACUUGGAGCCUGCUCCGCUGCGGCCACAGACACACGCCUUCUGGCCUGAGUUUUAGACACGUGGGCAGUCUUUUCAUGACUUUCCUCCUUGAGUAGAGGCCAAGGCCUUCCUUGAGAACGAAGAUGACCGCGUGCGCGCACAGAGAGGGUGAGAGGGGACAGAAGGGAAGAGGGGCAAGUGAUAAAACGCUGCUGGAAGCUGUUUCCUGCUUAUGAAAUAAACUUAUUUUUCAGAAUUCCACUUGAAGACUUGCACUACAGAACUGUGGGUGGAGAUUUUCCUUUUACGGCCAUUUUUACAGAGUGUAAACUCGCAUUUGGCAAUUUCUUAUCGCUUGACAUGUCAACACUUGCUGACUUUUUUGGAUAUCCUUUUGGUGACACCAAAGAUAUAGGUAUGGCUAUUUUUCCUUGACCUGCCUACAUACAGUACUAUGCCCCCAUUUAGAAAGGUUUAUCAGAAUCUAUUCUAUAUUCUCAUACUUUGAAGAAAAUGCUGAAUACCUCUUGUUAGUCAAAUACACUAAUAAAAAUUGGCAGGGCUUGGCUAUUAAUUAACCCUGGGAAAUGAGAUUUUAGAUUAAAAAGAUUUUUUGCAUCAUUUGGUUUGUGAGUUUUUAUAUUUUUUAUAAGUAAUUGAGUUGGCUAAUUACCUUCUAAUCUUCUCCAGCUAGAAUUUUUAAUACUUAUAGGCGUGGGAGAAAAGUGUGUAAAGUAUUUAUUUUUACGUCCUACUCUUGUGCCCCCCCCCUCCCGCCCCCAUUCCCUCCCAACUGCCGUGUACCUGGACUCCUUUAUUUGUUGGUUACAUGAAACAAGCCUUGUCGCCUUCAUUAGAAGGACUUGAGACGACAACACGGAGAUCCUUGGCCCGUGUGCAGUACGGCUACCAGCGGUCAUCUCUUUCGGCAUAAAAACAUCAUCUAAACGUUGGACCGCACGGGCCAGACUAUCAAAAGGUUUAUUACACAUCACAACCGUAGACCCCCAUUUUAGACACGGCUUUGAGACAGAAACAAACCUAAGGAAUGAAGGCUUCUUCCAUCCUCUGAAGAAAACAAAACCCUUCUUUUCACACAGCCCGCAAUGAAGACCUGAUAUUUGGCCAAAGGCUAAAGGACUUUUCACCAUUUGGAGCUACCGUCUGCCGUGCUGGGCCCGAGGAUCUCCUCUUCUACAUUUUAGAAAAGUGGUGUUGGCUUCUGAAUAUGAAACCUCCUCGCUCCCUAAGCCCGAUUAGAAUGUACGUGAAUAUCAGACAACUUUAACUUAAUAUAUAAAUCAUUUAUGGCGAAGGUAAAGUAAAACAACAUCACCACUAAUUAUAAAACUAUUUUAAAAAUCCCCGUUUUUAAAGAAAAAGGAUACUAGGUUUGAAAAUUUGCUUUGAAUAAAACAAUUGUAAAGGAAAUA